CUUCCUUCCUCCACCACGUUUUUCAUUGUUUACAAUCGUUCGGCGCAAAGAAACUUGUGUAUUUUAAGCUUAACGUGAAUGAAAUGUGACAUGUUUAGGAUUUAGAUAAGUAGCUUGCCGGAAUGUUCUAAUUCCAUGCCGAGCAUCCACCACGGGUUCUUUCUCUGCAAACAUUUGCCUGUUAGUCUAGCCUAGACAUGGCUUUUGCUCCCGCUGUGUGGUUAGCUGCUCAAGCAGAACUCUACGAGGACGACGAAGAGGCCGAGGUAAACAACUUCCCAGAGCCACAGAAAAACUACUUGGGCGAUUACAAUGAUGAUUAUUUAUUUGAGAGGUUCCGUUUAACUAGACCUUGCAUAAAUUUCAUCACGGAUUGCGUCAGGCUCCGGAUGAAAGCCACGCUCCAGCAAAUGAAUGGACCUUCCGUCGAUGAAAUGGUGAUAGUGGCACUAGACUAUUACGUCAAUGGUAUUUUGUCGACCAAAGUCGUAGAUAUGAUUCAAAUGGAGCAAAUGGAGAUUCACGAAGUCAUCAACAAUGUCUCCAAAGUGUUGUCAGGUAUGGUCAGGGAGUUUAUCACUUUCCCGGCGAAUGGUGAGGAACGAGCAAAUGUGGCGCACGAGAUCAAGAAAAUAUGCGGGAUUCCGACCUCCAUGGGCUUGGUGGGAUGCAUGCAUGUCAAGGUGAGACCACCUCAUCACGACAAGGAAGCUUUUCGGAACACAAUGGAUAACCACACCGUCAUGACCCAAGUCAUAUGCGAUUGUGAAGGGAAUUUAAUGAGUGUUGAAAACUGCUGCGUUGGCAGCACACCAGAGCAAACCAUAUGGGAUAUGUCGGAUAUUGCCCAGCAGCUAAAGCAUGGAGCACAUGGGACGCAUUGGAUCAUUGCCGGAAAAGGCUAUGCGUUGAGCAGACACCUCCUGACGACCGUUUCACCAGCCAAAGAGAAAGCGGAUCGGCGGUUCAAUGCAGCCCACGGCAUGAUCCACUCGGUCCUCCAGAGGACCAUCACCUUGGUGAAGAGGCGCUUCAGGUGCCUGGCCAAUCUGGGCCACGUGCAGCAGAACAGUCUGGACAAGAAGGCCGAGAUCAUCAAGGCCUGCUGCGUCUUGCAUAACAUCGCCAAGAAGUUCUCGGUGCCUGUGCUCAACGAUACCGUGCUAGAGACUAUGCACCCGGCCGAGAAUCACCAGGUGCCGGUGGUGGAGGUGCCUAGCUACGCAGAGAAAUCCAGAGCUGCCAUUAUCGGCAUUUAUUUCUCGCAUUCCUCCGGGAAUGACGGCAUUUCAGACUGAGGACAAUGGAAAUAUUUGUAUAAAAUGGUUGUUGCCAUUUGGGUUUAAUAGGAGGAUGGUUUGGUCCCUUAUUAUAACAGUUUGUGAAAAUAGGUGCUACUGGAUUGACAAAAAUUAUUUUAUUUUAUCACGCUUUGUGAUACAUGAAAACCAAAUGACAAUACUUUGGGUUUAUCUAUUUACAUGUUUUUAUACAUUGUCAAUAAACGUCAAGUAAAAAUCUAA